GACUCUAGGGCUGCAGAUAAGACUGUGGCCAUGGUCCUGAAGGAGAUACCGAGUAAGGCGUCCUCUGAAGGGAAGCCCCUCCUCCCGGUGACUACGAAGCUGGUGAGCGAGCAACAGGAGAGCCGGCCACUACUCAGCCCCUCCAUCGACGACUUCCUGUGCGAGACCAAGUGUGAUGGCUCCCGCCCUCGCCCCGUCACGUCCAACACUGCUGUGCUGUCCUCAGCCCUGGACCUCCUGGACCUCAGCGAGCCGAGCGAGCAGAGGAACGGCCGGGACAAGAGGAGCCCCCUGGCGUCCCGCGGGGAGACCCCGAAAGGCGCCGCGCUCCGGAAGAGGACCGAGGAGACGGAGCUGAUCCAGGUGGAGGUGGAGCACGCCGCCCUGACCACUCGCACGCCAGAGAGGCGCUCGCUGGAUUCAGUCGACAUUUCGUCUACGCUGGAUAAAUGGGAGGAGCUGAAUCCCAACGGGAACAAGAAAUGGAAAUUGGAUCGGCGACGUUCGUCGAGGAACUCCUCGAAUGAAUUCCUGUGGUCGACCGACUGCAAAGCUCAAUCAGACCCAUCAAACAAGAACUCGGAGGCAAACACCAAAGCGGAGCCGGAAUGUGCUCUAGCAUCUCAACUCAACAGGCAGUAUAUUAGUGGAAGACAUGGUCGUCUGACGAAGGAACCCAAGUGGGGCAGUGCGCUCCUCUCCAGGAACCAGUCCCUCGAGGAGGAGUUUGAGCGCGCCAAGGCCGCCGUGGAGUCGGACACCGAGUUCUGGGACAAGAUGCAGGCGGAGUGGGAGGAGCUGGCCCGGAGGAACUGGCUCACGGAGAACGAGCAAGCUCAGAUGCCUUCCUCCGUCUCGCCGCACGAGAAGGGUUACUACUUCCACACGGACAACCCCUACAAAGAGCACCACAACGCCUUCGAGGAGGGCCUGAAGAAGUCCCAGGAGGGGGAUCUUCCCAACGCCGUCCUGAUGCUGGAGGCCGCCAUCCUGCAAGACCCUCACGACUCGGAGGCGUGGCAGGUCUUGGGGACCACCCAGGCUGAGAACGAGAACGAGCAGGCAGCUAUUGUCUCCCUCCAGAGGUGUCUGGAGCUCCACCCCAACAACAUGGCGGCGCUCAUGGGCCUGGCCGUCAGCCUGACCAACACGGGCAUGCGGCAGGAGGCGUGCGAGGCCCUUCUGCGCUGGCUGCGCCACAACCCCAAGUACAAGCACCUGGUCAAGGGCAAGAGCCAGCCCAACGGCUCCCCGGGGUCCCAGCGGCGGAUGUCCCGUGUCCCCGUCCACAGCAGCCUGCUCCCAGAGGCGCGGGAGCUGUUCCUGGAAGGGGUGAGGAACAACUGCGACAGCGUGGACCCCGACCUGCAGACGGGCCUGGGGGUGCUCUACAACCUCAGCGGGGAGUUCAACAAGGCCGUGGAGGCCUUCAACGCCGCCCUCUCAGUGCGGCCACAGGACUACCUGCUGUGGAACCGCCUGGGGGCCACGCUGGCUAACGGGGACCGCAGCCAGGAGGCAGUGGAGGCCUACACCAAGGCCCUGGAGCUCCAGCCAGGCUUCAUCCGCUCCCGCUACAACCUGGGCAUCAGCUGCAUCAACCUGGGGGCACACAGGGAGGCGGCCGGUAACUUCCUGACGGCCUUGAGUCUGCAGAGGAAGAGCAGGAGCCACCAGCUGUCCCACCAGGUGAUGUCGGGGAACAUCUGGGCCGCGCUGAGGAUCGCCCUGUCCAUGAUGGACCAGCCGGAGCUCUUCCAAGCGGCCAACCUCGGAGACCUGGAUCUCCUCAUGAAGGCCUUCAACCUGGACAUUUGA